UUUGAAGUUGAAUUUUCAACUCUCCUGUCUUAUAAGUUGACUUGAGUCUUGAGUCUUGAGUCUUGAGUCUUCUUCAUCUAAAUAAAAUAUCAUAUAUCUACAAUUCUCAGAGAUUGGCUCUGCUCUUAAUGAAUUAAUGGAAACACUAGAAAGCAUGAAAAUCCACUAUUCUUUAUUUUCUCUUGUUUUUCUUUUCCAGUUCUUGUCACUUGGAUUUACCUCUUCAGCUUAUACUCUCCCAGAUAAGUUCUUCAUCAACUGCGGUUCACAGAACAACAUAAAAACCGACGGACGUCGUGAAUUCACUGGGGACUUGAAUUCUGGUUCCUUCUCCUUUUCAAAGCAGAGCAAGACUGUUAAAGACAGCAAUCAGGCAGUUGAAAUUUACCAAACAGCCAGAGUUUUCAGUCAACCAUCUUUCUAUGAAUUCGAGAUCAACAGUAACGGCACUUAUCUGGUACGCCUUCAUUUUUUCGCUUUCUCCUCUUCAAUCAAUCUCUCCACAGCUGUUUUCGAUGUUUUGACUUCGACUUCUAAGUUUUUGCUGUUGGAGAAUUUUACUGUCCAGAACCCUAGCCACUCUCCUAUAGUAAAAGAAUUCAUUCUUAGCAUCGCUAUAGGCAAAUUCAAGAUUUACUUUACUCCUUAAGUUUCGUCUUUCGCAUUUGUUAAUGCUAUAGAAGUCUUCCCUGGCCCUGAAAAUUUCAUUUCUGAUAAAGCUGGAUAUAUUAGAACUUCAGGAAAUGUGAGUAAUUACACGGGUUUACUCUCAAAGCUUGUAUAUCCAAUUUAUAGAAUCAAUGUUGGAGGCCCUACACUUACGCAAGAUAAUGACACUCUAUGGAGAAACUGGAAGCCGGAUGAUAGUUAUUUGCUUAAUCCAGACGCUGUGACGAACCAGACUUACUCAGUUAAGCCUAACUAUCUGGGAAAAGUUAGUGAAUAUAUUGCCCCGGAUUUUGUCUACCAAACGGCCAGAGAGUUGAGUAAUAGCUCUUCAAGUGACUCCAACUCCAACUCCAACAUAAAUUGGUCUUUUAGUGUAAGUAAGAAUGCUAUGCAUUUCGUUCGGCUUCAUUUCUGUGACAUUGUCAGUCCAUCACCAAAUGUUACAAUCUUCAAUCUCUAUGUUGAUGGCAACCUCAUUAAGAGAAUUGCACCUUAUUCAAUAGUUAACGAGUUGGCAGCUCCUUUUUACUUGGAUUAUGUGGUGGAUUCUGAUUAUUCUGGAACUAUGAAUAUCAGUGUAGGGCUUAACAACGAUACUGAUUGGCCAACUGCCUUUCUGAAUGGACUGGAGAUAAUGGAGUUAAUUGCGAAAUCGGGUUCGCUUCCGAAGAUUAAUGAGCCCAAGAAAGAUCUUGUAUUGGUCGUGGUCGGUUCUGUUCUUGGAGGUUUAGCUCUUAUAAGCAUUUUGGCAGUUGGGAUAUUCUGGGGUUUGAAAUGCAGGAAGUCAAAACCUGCUGAACCGUUGGAGUGGUUUCCGCUACAUAUUUAUGGAGCUGGAAAUUCUCAUGGUAAGGUGACUGAGGGAACCAUCAAUGGCUCUCCCAUACCUUAUUUAAACCUUGAGUUAAAAAUUCCUUUUGCUGAAAUUCAGUAUGCCACAAACAAUUUCAACAGCAGGUUACUGAUUGGUAAGGGCGGAUUUGGGUAUGUCUAUAAAGGAACUUUUAGGAGUGGCCUCAAAGUUGCCGUAAAACGAAGUGAACCAGGAUCAGGCCAAGGUCUUUCAGAAUUUCAAACAGAAAUAAUGGUCUUAUCCAAAAUUCGACAUCGGCAUCUUGUUUCCUUGAUUGGGUAUUGUGAUGAAAGGAAUGAGAUGAUACUAGUUUAUGAAUUCAUGGAAAAAGGGACUUUGAGGGAUCAUCUAUACAACUCAAAGUUGCCUAGUCUGUCUUGGAAGCAAAGGCUUGAAAUAUGCAUUGGUGCAGCAAGAGGACUUCAUUAUCUCCACAAAGGUUCAGCAAGGGGAAUCAUUCACCGUGAUGUUAAGUCCACAAACAUAUUGCUGGAUGAAAACCAUAUUGCUAAAGUUGCCGACUUUGGCCUUUCAAGGUUGGGUCCUUCUGAUCAAACCCAUGUUAGCACAGCAGUUAAAGGCACUUUUGGUUAUCUAGAUCCUGAGUACUUCAGAUCCCAACAAAUAACAGAAAAAUCUGAUGUUUACUCAUUUGGCGUUGUUCUUCUUGAGGUACUAUGUGCCCGACCGGCUAUCAAUCCCUCACUACCAAGAGACCAAGUCAACCUAGCUGACUGGGGAAUGCAUUGCAAGAACAAAGGAGUAAUUGAAGAGAUUGUGGAUCCUUCUUUAAAGGGCAAGAUCACUCCUAAUUCAUUGAGAAAAUUUAUCGAGACAGUAGAGAAAUGUUUGGAAGACGAUGGUGUUGACAGGCCAACUAUGGGUGAUGUGUUGUGGGACUUGGAGUAUGCAUUGCAGUUUGAACAAAGUUCAACAAGGAGGGAACCGCAUGAGGACACAACAACCAAUAGUUCAUCUGUGUUAAUAUUGCCUGAUGUCAAGCGUUUCCCUUCAUUUAGCCAGUCCAUUAAUGAUAUGCCCAAUUUGACACCGAAUAGCUUUAUCUCAUCAGAGAAUGAUGUUUUCUCCCAAUUGAGAAUUGAGAAUUGAGAAUGCCAGGUAAAGCAGUUUAAUUUCUUAGCCUCUGUAGUUAUUUCUGUAAACAGAACUGGAAAAACUUGCCACUGCUUUCUAUUACUUAUAAUGUAUUCUUGUUGAUGUAUUGCAAUAACAUAAAUGUA